AUGACUGAACUUUUGUGGCGCGGGCGGGGAGUCACGUCGCUCCUGUCAUCCCUUCGCCGCACCAGAUUAGCAAGCUGCAACCCCAUAAUAGUUAUUGAUAAACCAUCCUCGCGAACCAACUAUAACCCUACUCCCUCCAUCUCCAGCAAAGUACCAUGGCUGAGCAAUUUACCACAAAACCUCCCGCAAUCGAGAUACCACCACACCAACCAUCGAAACAAUAGCAAUGCAUCCUCCACCACCCCCAAACCCAUCUCCCUCCCUACAACCCCCGACCCCGACCUCCCACACCUUAACGCCUCGCAAAACGUGCACAUGACCAAAAUCUCCAGCAAACCCAUCACCUCCCGCGUCGCAACAGCAACCUGCCACAUCCAAUUCUCCAACACUCGGCCAUGGGAGAUCCUGCGCGGCGGCGGAAUGACCAAGAAGGGGGACGUAUUUAGCGUAGCGCGCAUCGCGGGGAUCAUGGCUGCGAAGAGAACACCAGAUAUUAUCCCUUUGUGUCAUCCGGGGAUAGGGAUUACGGGGGUGGAGGUGGAUGUGGAGUUGGUUGCUCCGGACGCUGCUGAGGAUGAUGGAUGGGGUGGAUGGGAUUCAGGGCAUGGAGGGAUGCGGGUUGUGGCUAGUGUGAGUUGUGAGGGACGGACGGGGGUGGAAAUGGAGGCGAUGACGGCGACAAUGGGGGCGGCGUUGACGGUUUAUGAUAUGUUGAAGGCGGUGGAUAAGGGGAUGGUGGUGUCAGGGGUGAGGUUGUUGGAGAAGAAGGGGGGAAAGAGUGGGCAUUGGGUUAGGGAUGGUACUGCUACUGGUACUAGUAGUGGUGGUGGUGGUUCUGAGAAGUGA